CUUAUGAUACUUUAAAUUCUUCCUAAAGUUACUUUCAAUUUUGAUGGAUGCAUUUUAAAAAGUGUUUCGUCGAGACAACAUUAAUAAUGAAUUAUCAGUAUUUAGAUCCGAUGAAAUGGUUUUGUCUUAUGGUUUUAUUAACUUUACUGGAUAUUAAAAAUUAUUCUGUUGGAAAGUGUAUUAAUAUAGAGAAUAAAGAAAGUUUACCAUCAACCCACGAUGAAUGGGAUCAUCUAAAGUACAAUAUUUUUAAAAGGAGCACUAGAGAAGCAAUUAAGAGUUUGGAAUCUACGAAUGUAACAGCCCUUCAUGAAGAAGAAAUUAACGAAGCAUACGAACGGCUUUUAGAUUCUUUAUGGAAUAUCCAAGAAAUAUCAGAAGAAAUUGACACUGUUUAUGAUACCGUCUUACUGGAUGAUAUAUACGAAUUUAAAAUUGAUCCAGUUACAGCUACCAAAAGAUACGUCAAGAAUACGCUUGAAGGUAACAAAUAUUUAGACAAAUUACUUAAAAUCGGUCAUUGGACAAGUGGUAUAGCAAAACAUGACUUGAAUAGCCUUCAGGAGAAUGUAUUUUCAGUUGCAAUUGAAUACUACUCAAGAUUACAAAAAAAUAGAAAUUAUUGCGAUGGAUCAUCAGUUUAUAAUAGAAUAUAUCAACUCUAUGAAUCUAUGUUAGCAAGCUUCCGUAAAGGAUACAUUAUGAUUUUUAUGGCUGACGAAUUCCAACAACGAAGUCCUGGAAAUACAGAUAAUCGGCGCCCUGCACAAAGAAUGGUAAUGAAUCAAUAUCAAAAAGCAGUUGUUCGUAUGACCGCUUCAGCAAGUAGUUAUCUAAAUCAAAUCGAUAAGACGGAGUAUAAAAAAUCACAAGAUUGUGACGAGGAAGAAUGGAUUGAAGGUGUGAAUUACAUUCGUUUGAAAAAUCAUGUUUCGUAUCAUGAACCGAGUACAAAAUGGUAUUGGGAUCAGGAUGCAGAAUACUUGAGAGAUACGAAACCAGAAAAAGAAUGCGACGGUACACAAGUAUUUUGGAAUCCUUCAGCUUUAUCAGAUGGCGUCAUAUACAGCUUGAACUGUCCACUUAUUUUUGUCAGUGAUUAUUCAAGAGAUAGCAGUUGCCAACGUUUCCAGAAUGAUAAUUUUACGAAAGCUAAAAACACACAUUGGGAAUCAGCAUGUACUGAUGGAGAUAAUUCAAGAUUAGGACAAUUAUGUGCUUGCGAUAAACAAAUCGACCAAGAUACUAGUAUACGAACAAUAAGUUUAAGAGAACAUUUCACUGAUAGUGCUGAUAGUAGAGUUGUCACCGGAAUACGAUUUAUUGUUAAAAAUAAUAUCGUUAUGAUACGAAUUCGAGAAGGCAAAUUAGUCAAUGGUGUCAUAGACCCCCAAACCGUUCGAUGGAUAGAUGAUGAUGGGCAGCAUCCUGAAAUAGGUCCUGACACAGUGAAGCUCAGUUAUAAUAUACGAGCGUUUGAAUUAGAUGACAUAGAAUUGCCUGAUGAGCACUUGGUAACAGGAGUCAAAUUCUUAGUGAGAAAUAAAACGCGCAUAUCAUUAGCAGUAAGAGGAUCAGCUAUGUAUGAUGAUAAACAAAAAACUUUCCCAUCAAUUCACGAUCAAUGGUAUUAUUCAACACCUGAUCCAGAUAUAGCUAGGCGUAAUAUUGAUAUAGAUUAUUCUAAAAAUCCAGCUGAGUUAAUAAAUGAACAGUUGCUACAAUUAAGUACUCCAGGAUUGAAUUAUGUUGAUUUCUCAGUAUCAGUAUAUUCUUCAAAAGAUGAAAAUGUUGCAAUUAUACCAUUCAUAGAUUCACGCGAACUCGUUACUGAUCCACCAAUCGCUCUAGGUGGGUUAGGAAUAUUUUACAAAAGUAAACCCGGCUACGGUGGAUUUAUAGCGUUUAAGUAUAUCACAGCCAAAUAUAAUAUUCUUCUUGACAGAGAUCAUGCUCAAGCUAUGAAUGCUACUUUAUCAGACGUACUAAAAUAUUUAGAAUGAAAAAAUAAUUCUAUCGAAAUUAAUUUGAGUAUUCUUAUCAAGUCUUAGCGAGAGCUAAAUAAUUCAAUUUUUGGAUGAAAAAUGUAUUACAUGAACUGAAUCAUUUCUUAAAAUUAAAAUUAUUUCGAAAGUAUCUUAUAUGAAUAAUCAAUAAUUAAUUAAACCAUUGCAAAUUUAAGUCGAUGUUAAAAACGAGAUCUUUUAUCAUUAUAUUUAAAUCGGUUGAUUUGUUCUGAAAAUAUCGCAAGACAAAAAUUCUUUUUCUUUGUUAGCAAAGUGUAUUUUGAUUGGUCAAAUUAAAAAAAAUCGUUUUGUUUAGUGACAUUUUCGAACAUUUGUAUCUUUUAGCAAAGCAUUUUUAGAUGUUAAAAAAAUCCAUUUUCAAAACCUAUAUCACACCGGAUUUUCGAAAUCGGUAAUUAAUUUUUAUGAUAAUAAGAAUAUCAUAUAAAUUAAUAUCUUUUAAUAAAAUAGUUUAUUAUAAUUGAAAAAAAAAUACAUUUUGUUGCAUACAAUAAUUUAUUUUAAACAGGUAAUCUAUA